AUGUCAUCCGCAUCUCGUUAUUUCCUGAACUCCACCUCAAGUCUAGAGGAAGAUGGCUGCCCCUCGACCCUGCGAGAUCGCCUGCGUGACGACCAUACUCCAGCAACGAGUUCCUCCAUCGGGCCAAUCCCCUACCAGAACAUCUACCAGCAGGUUCACGCUUGUCUUGGGAAAUCCUUGGAAACUUCAAAGCCCGAAAGCAAGGUGGUUCCUGCACCGGAGCGCAAUGAUCAGGCUUCACAGCUUCGAGAAUCGUAUGCUCGCAUGGGCAUGUCCCUUCACAGCUCUGCGAUCGAGCACCUCGUAAAGGCGCACACGGAUGUGCAGGCCAAGACAGCCAGCUUCGCAGAGAAAUCCGGCGAGACCUUGUCGCAGUCCAAACGGCUGUACGCCAACAUUGCCUACCCGCUAUCGGCCACACUUUGUCAUCACAAUGACCAUGAAGACCACCCUCGAGCAACUGUCGCCGUUCACUUGAAGAAGCUCCAGGAAGAAAUCGCUGCCGCAAGAGAAGAGGAUGAGUGCUGUGAGACCGAGGAACAGGCUUGGAAGCAACUGAAUAAAGAGCUCGCCGAGCAAGGUGGCCAGAAUGGUGUCGAUGCGGAGCUUUUAAAUGUUGCUGAGGAACUGAAGAAACAGGCGGAGGCCAUCGUGGAGGAAAAGUGUCGACUCUUGGACGAGGUCGACAAGGAGUUCAAGGCUGAGAUCCAGAACGAGACUUUGAAGAUGAUGCAGGAUCUCUUCGACGACUGA